GUGUUAAAAAUUGAAAUGACAACACAACCUUAUUUUUAAAAUUCGUAUUUUCGGCAGUAAAUAAUUAUUCUAUUAUUUGAUUAUUAUGGCUGGAAAAAGCACCAAAAAUCCUCUUUUGACUGGAGCAAGUACUAGUUUCCCUUUCGAGAAUUUCACCAACAGUGCCCUUCUGGUUCCAGUAGCUUCUCAAAAUGAACCAACUUUACUGCCAGACGAGAUAGAAGCCGACAGUUUCCUAGGACAAGAUCCCCCGAACAACCGCACACCGGACGUUCACAAUCUUCCGCCCUCGUCCAUCCCAGUGUUCACGCAGAGCUACACUGGGUCCGCUAGCCCCGCCAAGCCCACCCCCGUCUACGCAGAUGCUCUGAAUCACCAGUUCAACAAAACACUCACCUUCGAACCAUCCAAUGAUUACUUCCAUACGGAUAAGCUAAACCAGCCGCCUCAGACUACUCCGUUGUUCUUCAAUCAGAAUACUUCUUACGCUCCGUCUAUUUUCACCCCUGUGUCUGCACCAGUGCUUCUCAACCCCUCCCCAUCGGUUACGUCCACUCAGACACCGUCUCCGAUCACAUCUGGGUCCCCGGCUCCUCAGGCUUUUUUCAACUAUUUUUCAGCUGAACAGAAUCAGCCUGUCAAUAGUCCACCAGUUCAACUAUUCUCCCCUGUUGCGACUCCGUUAGCCCCCUCCGUCCCAGCAUUUCCCCCCACUUCGUCUGUUGCUGCGCCUCCUCAGACUAGCGACGCAAAUGCACCUCCACCAACAGGAGGACCUCACAACUCUUAUCGCCUGAGCAACAUCAAGCGGCCGACAUACACUCGCCCCCCAGAGUUGUCGGUGACCCCGAUGGCCGCAAUGCCGACUCCAGCCCCUCCUCCCCCCGCUCCCACCGCUUCUACGACCCUGUUUACUCCUUGUACCACGGAGCCCUCGAUGUUCCCCAACACUACUCCUGCACCGUCAGUUUUGCCACCUUCUCUGCCGACUCUACCUACUGCCCCGUCUGCCCCCGCCACUGUUACUGUCACCGCUGCCCCUGCAAUGCCUUACAGGCCCCCGCAAUCACAGUCUCCCAGCUCACCGACUGUUUUGCCCCCUUCGUUUGCAAACUUGGCUCAAGGAACUCAAUAUCGACCAGUCUAUUGCCACUGGUUCUUCAAGAAGUCAGUUGAAGGCAAAUUCCUGUGGUUUCCAUUCAGCAUGAAUGAUUCCCUUGCAUUAGAACAAGCCUUCACGUCUCCCACUAUUUCCCCGGACACCAAGGUGGCCACUGAUGGUGCUCGUUACGACGUAGAGGUGCUGCGCCGUCGCCGCACAGCUGUGUACUGGGAAGAAGACCCUGGUGAGGUGCGCCGGUGCUCGUGGUUCGUCAAGGGAUCAAUGGACGUCCGUUUCAUCCCCUAUGAGGAGAAUGUAGCCACAAUGCUCGAGGAGGAGUACAGGAUAGCGGCCACCACAAACGAGUGGAACCGCCACGUGUCGCUGCCAGAUGGAGAAGUUAUUGUCAUUCACAGUCCCAACGCUAUUGCUCAUCACACCAGGUCCACGUCUCCUGACGUCUGGGGCAACUCUCCUCAAAUGCAGCAAAAGCCCAGAGUUGUCAAAAGAGGCAUGGAUGAGUUUGAUAUCAGCGAAGGUGAACCUGAAAAAGUUGAUCAUUUGCUCUUUCUUGUUCACGGAAUUGGCAAAUUCUGUGAUUUGAAAUUCCGCCCAGUCACGGAAGUUGUUGAUGACUUCCGCAGUGUGUCGCUACAGCUGCUACAGUCUCACUUCAAGUCCGCAGUAGAGGCAGGACAGGCUAGUCGUGUGGAGGUGUUGCCAGUCUCGUGGCAUCAGGCUCUACACAAUGCCGAUAUUGACACUCGCCUCAACAACAUAACCCUCAAGAGUAUCCCUCGUCUUCGUCACUUUACUAAUGAUACACUUCUCGACAUACUGUUCUACACCAGUCCUGUCUUUUGCGAGACAAUAGUACAAGCCGUUGGUAACGAGUUGAACAGGUUGUACAAUCUGUUCCUGGCCCGCAACCCUACGUACCAGGGUGGCGUGUCGCUGGGUGGUCACUCGCUCGGCUCACUCAUAUUGUUUGACAUGUUAUGCAACCAAGCGCCCGUGUCUUCUCCGUCGCCUAACGAACAACCUUCUACUCCCACAUCUGAAUCUCAGGAUAUAAGUGGUGAAGAAGAAGUGAAGACACUCGGUUGCAUGAAGGCUCAGAAGGCCCGCUUGAGUCGGACGGUGAGCUACUUGACUAUCGGCAACGCUGGAACUGGUCAACCAUUCAUUUCCUACCCUCAACUGGUCUUCAGGCCUAAAGCUUUCUUCGCUCUAGGAUCUCCUAUAGGGAUGUUUGUGACUGUGCGAGGAAUAGAGUCUUUAGGUGAAGAUUUCUCGCUGCCGACCUGUCCGAUGUUCUUCAACAUAUUUCACCCGUUUGAUCCGGUCGCCUACAGGAUAGAGUCUUUGAUCACUCCUGACUUUGCAAAGUAUUCCCCCGUGCUCAUACCUCACCACAAGGGGCGCAAACGGAUGCAUUUGGAGCUGAAAGACACGUUGGAGCAUGUCGGAACAGCUCUGAAGCAGCGACUGGUAGAAUCAGUGAGGAACACAUGGAACACUGUGUACCAGCUGGCGAUGUUCCACCGAUCGGACGAUCAGGCCAUUGAGCAAGAGGUUAACCAGGUGCUAGAGAGCGAGAUGCUGUCGUACGGAGCCGCAGGCCGCAGUGAGUCCCCCGAUGCUUGUCCUGAGCCUGAUGUCAAGAUGGGACAGCUCAACGGAGGCCGUCGGGUCGACUACGUACUGCAGGAGGCACCGCUGGAAAGCUUCAACGAAUAUCUCUUCGCACUCAGCAGUCACGUGUGUUACUGGGAGUCGGAGGAUACAAUGUUGAUGAUGUUGAAGGAGAUUUACGGAACCAUGAAUAUCACUCCUGACACCCAGGUGGUGCAGCAAAUAUUGCCGUAUGAGGAGCCGGGCAUGGGCAUGGACCCUACAACCCCACCUUCCGACAACCUCAGCAUCGGCCCCCCACCCUUCACCGGCUUUGUUAGGAGUGCCAGGGAAUGAUAUCAAGUGCCAAGGAACAAAUUGAAAGAGCAAGGCACCUAGCUCCGAUCUCUGACAACACCUUUCCUAAAUGACGGGUCGUGGCAGAACAAUACAAUAUGUAUAUAAAGUGUAUUUAUAAAACUGUGUGAUCAAGUGGAUAUUCAGUUUGGUUGAACUACCUGUUUGUAAGAAGUUUUGGAUUUGAUUAAUUCAUUUAGGUGGUGGAAAAAAAAACAUCGGUAAAAAAGAAACUUUAGGUAGUAGUGGAAGUACCUAAACAACCUCUUUUACAGAUGGUUUGUGCUUUUUAAUUUAAUAGUGUUUGUUCUUGAUAUAUUUUAGGCAUUUAUCUACUUUUUGUUUUUGUUUUCAAUUACAUCAUGCUCGAACUAAAAAAAAAAAAACAAUAAUAUCAAUUGCCUUAUUAAUUAUUGUAAUUAUAUACACUACUUUGUAAUAUACACUUCUGUCUUGUUUUAACCUAAUUAAUUUUGAGGGAGUGUUACUAUGUUAAGCAACACACAAAAAACCUCACGGACAGUACAAACCUCUAUUAUACCAAGAUAAAGGGAAUGAAAUAUAAAUUAUUUUAAUCACGAUUAAAGAGUUGUACAUAGUAAAUGUUUUUAUUUGUGAGAACUGGGUUUUGUAAAUUUUUAUGUGACUGUUAAUUGUUUUUCUUACAUAGUUUUUAUAUUUAAUAUUGAAAUUAAUAUAUUUAGAUUGUUAAGCUUAAAAAUUUUCUGUGUUGCUAUUUCAAACAAUGUCUUCGACUUAUUCUGUUUUGAUGUGAAAUACAGGUGCUUUCUAGAUGUUCAAAUAUACAAGUAGUUCUAUUAUUAAAUAACUUUUGUUGUAAAUGUGAAAUGCAAUAUUUUUAUAAAUGUUGAAUAUACAAAAUAUUAUAUUGUUUGUUACAGACUAA